AUGUCUCUUGUUGGUUUCAGUUGCCCUUUUUCUGGAGACAACUAUGUGAGCAGCCUGAUUCCUGUUGGAGCUCCUUCACCAGCUAUACCUCUACCCAACUACUACAAGCGCUUCCUUGUCAACACCUUCACAUUUGUAGACGCCAACACCCAGCUUGCCCUUGGAGGCCUGGUCUACUUUCACUGCAGUGCUUCCGUAUGUGUGCCAUCUAACAUGGACAGCUGUGUGGUCUCUUGUGGUGGAAGGAGAAGGAGAAUGGCUGAAGAGCAGGAGCUGCUGUCUCUGAAGAACACGGUGACAUCUGAAGGACCUGUUGCAUUUGUUCCUGUGGAUGAUGAAGAAAUGCUAAAACUGGAAGGUGCUGAUCCCUCGCAGUACUCCACUCUGGACCUGGCUAGAGCGCUAGCAACUGCUGGAGUUAUUGGCUUGGUGGCUGUCACUGUU